ACACACACUCACACACACCGCUACCGCUUCACUCUUUGCCGCGACGCUCGGCCUGACGAGACCGACGGACAAAAUGACCAGACCCAUGGACAAAAUGGACCGUACCACUUUCCUGUACAACGUACCGCCCAGCCUCAUCGAGCACUUGUGCAAAAUCAUCGACAGCGGAGACGACCAGUUCGGCUGGCGCGGAUUAGCCGCGCGCAUCGUGCCGAGCUGGCUCGAGGUGCGGCGCGCGGAGCGGCUCGAGGCGGCGGGCCGGAGCCCCGCGCGGGAGCUGCUGUGGACGUGGGCUCAGCAGAACCCGACCGUGGCGGACCUCGUCCGGGUGCUGGAGGACAUGGGACACCACUGGGCGCUGCAGCUUUUUGUCCAGCCAGGUGAAUCACUAUACUACGAUCAUUGCAGAAGGCCGACGGACGAUCUACCGGUGUCACGUGGGAACUUUUCACCGCCUGUAAAAUGCGAGGAAUCCGAUCAACUGGACGAGAGCUUUCUCCAUCAAGUGGGCCUGCUACGUUUCUCUCCCUGCUCCACCGGCUCGGAACCCGAGGGGGCCGAGGGACGCGCUCUCACCUACGACGACGUCGUCGGUGGAACCAAACACUUCCACCACGACUUGAAGAUCGCAGCGGGCAGUCUUUCAGACACAUACAAAGGCGCGUUGGGAACUGCAACGUUUGUUGUCAAGCGGUUUAAAACGGGGAAUGAUCCGUCGUGGAAAGAACGAUGGGAUUCAUUUACCAGAGACACAGAAGUGCAUCACUUGUUUCAGCAUCCAAACAUCUUAAAUCUGUUGGGCUGUUUCUUGGAGGACGGAAACCACUGUCUGGUCUACCCCUAUCUCGCCAACGGAUCUCUGCAUCAAAGACUACACGACCUGGUCAGUGACCACUUGAAGUUCCCCUUUCAGCAGCCGGCCCAACCCCUGUCCUGGCAGCAGCGUCUGUCCGUCAUCAAAGGGGCGGCCAAGGGGCUCCACCACCUGCACACGGCGCCGCUUCAACCCCUCAUCUGUGGUAACAUCACCAGCGCCCAUGUCCUGCUGGACCACGCCCUGCGGCCCCAGCUCUCCAACGUGGGCCUGUCCCGUCUGCGCCCGCCGCCCCCCCGCCAGACCACCGCCCUCAGCACCCAGAGUAUCCACGGCAACCUGGGUUACCUGCCCCCGGAGUUCAUCCGCCACGACGGGAAGCCGUCCUGCAGCCUGGACGUGUACAGCUUCGGCAUGGUCAUGAUGGAGACAAUCACAGGCCGCAAGGUGGUGGAGGAAUCACCGAAACGAUCACUCCUGAGGGACGUGCUGAGCGUGGAGCGGGAUGACAGCGGCGGCAGCGUGGACUCGUGCGUGCGCUUCCUGGACGGGGAGGCGGGGUCCUGGCCGUACCCAACCGCCUGCAGCCUGCUGCGCCUCGCUCUGGACUGCACCGCCGCGCGCCCCCGGAACCGGCCCUGCAUGGACACCGUGCUUCGGGAGUUGAGCCAGCUGCUGCCGGUGCCCAGCCUGCUGUCCCCGGCCCCCUCGCCGUUCAGCGCAGACGGCGGACGAGACCCCCACUACAGGGAGCCGGGUCUCCCCUUGACCUCCCACCCCCCCUCGACCCCACCCCCGCCGCCGCCACCUCCAUCGCCGCCGCCGCCGCCGCUCCAGUCCCACCCUCCGUCCGAAGACGGGUACGACGACGGCAGCUACGUGGCCUCCGGCCUCGGCCCGGACUCGGCCAAGCCGCUGCCCCGCGAGUUCAGCCAAUCGGAGCUGAUCUUCUGGAGCAGCUGUGAGGACGCCCCGGGGCGCCACGAGACGGGCGGCGACCUGAUGGCUCCGGCGCCGGGCCGGCUGACGGAGGCCGGGGUCGGGGCGGUGGAGGUGGAGGCGGCGGCGGUGGAUCUGUACAACAGCUGGCCCGUUCAGUGCAGCUGCCAGGCAGACUCUGGGGAGCUGGGCUGCGAGGACUGCAGGGCAAACGGGUUCACGCUGGAGCACUCGGACACGCCGCCAUUUUCGGAAGCGGCGUGCUACAGCUCGUGGAACGUCGUGGAGAACCCGGCCAAACAGACGCUCAGGGCCAAACUGGCACUGUACAACGAGGGUGUGCUGAACACGGAGGAACUGGUGUCUCUCUGAGGGCUUGGGGGGGGCCACCCUAUGUCCCUCACUUCCUGUUUCUCGGUACCUGACUUUCAAUGGCGUGUAAAAUGUUAAACUAAGUGUACGAUUUGGAUUUUUGUAUUUGAUGGGUCUAGUCUGGUUUUGCACACAAGUGUGUACACACACACACACACACACACACACACACACACACACACACACACACACACACACACACACACACACACACACACACACACACACACACACACACAUUAUGUUGCAUUAAUUCAUCUAACGUAAUGAAUUCAUCUACAAAUGUUACUCAACUUACACUGCCUUAUUUCGUUACUUAGUUAUUCUUAAAAAGGUGUUUUAGGUAUGCUUUAAGACCUAUUAUUUGAGGAUAUUAGGGUAGAAGCGGCGUGUGCCGGGAUGCUCUCAAUUUCAGUCCCAGGUCAAAUGACUGCAGAUCAUCUUUUACUAGUUCUCAUUCUGGAACUGUGUUUUUUUAUGUUGACUAUUGUUUUUUUAGUAAUUUAAAUACGUUUAUAAUAAAUAUUUGUACCUGCUUUACACAUGUGUGUGUAGCUUCCCAUGUGACCAGUAAUAAGUAAGGAAGUAACAUUAAUUCUUCCCGUAAACUAAGAUAAGGACCAAAAAGCACUAGGUGACGUGAACACGCGUAGCUUACGUUUACGUUCCAGAUAAAACAAUAAUUUAAGUAUGUUUGCUUAUGUGUGUGUUCAUGACUAGACCUCAGGUUUUAUGGCGCUUGACCGAAGUGUGACGACAGGAGUGUGAUUGUAAACAGUUGGCACUAAUGAGUCAUAGCGGGGAUAAAAUAGUGCACAUGUACGCAUGUGGGAAAACUGGACGAUUAUUUAAUCAUUUUGUUUCGUGAUAGUGAGCGUCGUUAUUGUUGUAGCUGAUGAUUGUUUGUUUCGAAGAUAGGCCCGUCAUUCAUGCAGGGGCCUGUACACCCUAUUUUUUAAAGCUGGUUCCUUUCAUUCUCAGCUCAGUAAAACCCCAAACUUUGCAUUGAAACAUUUUAUUAUUAUUAUUAUGCCUGCACAAUCUUGCCAAAAUAUUGGAUUACAAUAUCAAACGUAUUCAGAUUUUUUUUUCUUUUUUUAAUAAUUUUUGAUACAUAUAAAAUAACUAUAAAACAUCACUCUAUGA